AUGCCGAAGCCUCUGCUACGGCACCCAUCCAACCCUGUCCCAGACCAAUGUCCCCGCGCUCCCCUUCCCGACUCCAUACACGAGCUCGCAUCGCGCGUCUUCGGUUCCGGAAAGUCCGGGAACAGGAAAUUUCUAACCGCGCACAAGGGCACUAGAAAUGCCGCGCGGAAAGGCCAGGAUGAGGCGGGGACGACGGGGCAGCGGUUCGUGGCGACGGCGGGGUUCGUGUCGAUCGAGGCGGCGUCUGUGAUGCAGCAGGCGCUGCGAUUGUGGUCCAUGAUGAGUCCCGUGGAGAUCGAACGGCUCAUGACCAGCCUCCAGGACACGGCCCUCAUUCUCUUCGUCUACCACGAUCCCGUGCACCUCUGGACGCUCGCUGGUACGUGCCAUUCACCUCUGGACGCUCUAUGGGUUAGAGCUGAUGGAGAGUCUGGAGAAGCUGGCGGAGCGGGUGGUGGCGAUGGGGAUGAAGUGCGAGGAGACGCGGCUGCGCGGAGUGACGGCCCCGUUUACACCCCCUCUCACUCCCCGGCCAUUUUCCCCCAACCCCCUCCUCUCUUAGGUCUAGAGCUGAUGGAGAGUCUAGAGAAGCUGGCGGAGCGCGUGGCGGCGAUGGGGAUGAAGUGCGAGGAGACGCGGCUGCACGGGCUGGCGUUCUACUUCAACGAGCUGCGCCACCCCGCCACCCAGUUCCCCGCCUUCCGCCUGCAGCCGGGGGAGCAGGAGAGCCUCAUGUGCUACAUGCGGGAGCAGGUGGAGCGAGUGGAGGAGCUGCGGCAGUGCAUGGAGCGAAUCAACACUGUGCGCUCCAGCAUCAAGAAGAUGCAGGGGCUGGUGUCGCAGUCAUCUGCCUCCUCCAACCUGCUGGCUGAGCUCGAAUCCGUCUCAGAGGACUACGAGCUCGACGACAACGACCCCCCCCAGUGCGUCCUCACAUCACAUCACAUGCUUCCUUCACCCGCCCCCCACUCCUCUGCCUCCUCCAACUUACUGGCUGAGCUCGAAUCUGUCUCAGCAGAGGACUACGAGCUCGACGACACUGACCCCCCCCAGACCAACCUGCCCUGCGACCUCCCCGGAGGGGAGGAGAUCUUCCGACUGAUGACUCGACUCACAGAGCUGCAGGCCAGGACCCUCUGGGCAGUGGAGCUGGACCACGUUGUCAGGGUGGGUGGCACGAGGGCGUAUGGGAGGAGGGCGGGUGGGAGGGGGCUGAAUGGGAGGAGGGUAGGUGUGACUGUAGUGACAGGGACGAUCAAGAGAGAGCUGCAGGCGAGGGCCCUCUGGGCAGUGGAGCUGGACCACGUUGUCAGGAUCCUCGUUUUAACCAUCUUCAUGAUCCGAGACCGUGUGCUCCCUGUCUUUGGCAUCAACGCACACUCGGAUGAGAGCGUGUCGGAGAACACUCUCCCCUUCAGUCCUCCAACUUUCUCCUCCUCUCCCCUCCCUCCCCCCAUGCCUCCCCCGCUCCCCACAACCCAGAUCCUCGUGCUAACCAUCUUCAUGAUCCGAGACCGCGUGCUCUCAGUGUUCGGGAUCGAUGCCCACUCCGAUGAGAGCGUGUCAGAGAACGAGACACUGGGUUCGGCGGGCCUGGCGCUGCGCUAUGCACGCAUCAUCCUGCUCGCAGAGAAGCUCAUGAAGUACCCCUUCAUGGCUGCUGGCGGCACCACUAGUCUGGGGCCUGGCACUGCCUUAUGCAUCAUACUGCUUGCAGAGAAGCUCAUGAAGUACCCCUUCAUGGCUGCUGGCGGCACCACCAGAGACGAGCUGUUUGGCAUGCUGACAAACGACAUGCGCACCAUCCUAGCAGGCCGCCUCGUCCCAGUCAUGAAGGAGGAGCAGCAGAAGCGCGAGCAGGAGGAGGAGGCUCGGCGCCGAGCCGGCCUCCCCCGAGCCGCCUCCUCAGACUCGGAUGAAGACGAGGACGGGUUUGUGUGGCUCGGGAGCAAGGGGGGAGGAGCGGGAGGAGCGGGCACAGCACGGGUUAAGGGGGGAGGGAAGGGAGAGAAGGAAGGAGAUGAUGAGGAGGAAGCGGAAGCACCGUGGGAGCGGAAACUCAAGUGGGGGAUGGAGUUUCUCCCAACCCUCGCUCGCAACACCAUCACCUUUUCCGAGCUCAAUUCCAUCCGGAAAACCUCUGUCACAUCGAGCAGCCACGUGCUGCGAGUCCAAACGCUCUUCCACGCGCAAAAGGACGCCGUCAGUGCCACCCUCAUCGACUCCCUCGAAGGCCUCUCGCUCCUUGUCGCAUCUGAUCCGUCCAAUACCACGCAGAUCCGAUCGAAGAAAGCCGCUGCUUUGGCGGCCGCUCAGGCAGAGAAAGCCCAGGCGAAAUCGGGCGAGCCGCGGCAAGUGCUUGUAACGGGGAUAUUUAAAGCGAAGCGGACGACAAGCUGUAGCCCCACGGACGGGAUUGGCAGCUCACCGCUGCUACUCUCCCAGUCGUCUCUCUCCUCCUCCCUCCUCUCCUCUUCCUCCUCCUCCUCCGUUGCCCCCUCCGCGUCCCCCUUUAGGUCAUCUUCUGCCUCUGCUGCUGUCCUGGCUGCUGCGAUGGGGGGAGACGGGAGGGACUCUGCUGCAGCUGCUCUGCGGGCGAUAAGAGGAGGAGGAGGAGGAGGAGGAGGGGGAGGAGGGGGGAAAGGAGGGGGAGUUCUGAAAAUGCCUUUUGUUAAGGGAGGCAAGCAGGCGGGCGCUAAGGGUGGUGCUGCAGCGCCUGCUGUGAAAAGCGCUGGUGGUGGGGCUGGUGGGGCUGGUGCGGGGAAGGUUCCAGGAAAGGUGAAGCCGCUUUGGGAGGAGGAUACAGACGAGCAAGAUCUAGUGAGAUCGGCGCUGUCGACCUGCCAAGAGGAGAGAGGGGGGGACGGGAAGGAGGGAGGCGAGAGGGGAGGAGUGGGGAGAAGAGAGCAGGUGCAGGCGAGAGAGAAAGGAGGGAGGAUGAUGAUGCGUGGAGGGUCGGAGAAAGAGCGGAAAGGAAAACCGGUGAAACCCUUAUGGGAAGAGGAUACAGACGAUGAGGAUUUAGUGAGGUCUGUGACUCUACCUGUGAGUAAGGACGGGGUUGGGAGCAAGGGAGAGCAGGAGGGGGCCGGGGAGGAGGGAGGGAAGAAGAAAAUGCUCUGGGAGGAAGAUUCCGACGAUGAGUCGCUGGUUCGCGCGGUAACCGCAUCUGCUACCACCGUUGCUGCAGCUGUUACAGCUGCUGGGGUGGGCGUGGUAACCAGAGGGACUGGGGGCGCUGCAGGUGCUGGUGGGGGUGGGAGAGGUGGUGGAGGAGGGGGAAGAGGUGGUGGAGGGGGGGGUAGAGGUGCUAGUGGUGGGGGUAGAGGGGCUGGCGAAGGGGGGAGAGGGGCAGGUGGAGGGCAGAAGAAGGUGCAGCCUCUGUGGGAGGACUCUGAUGAUGAGAGUCUGCGGUUGGACGCAGCGAAGUGGGCAGAGGGGCGGGAGGAGAGAGACGGGCGAGAUGCGAGAGAAGGACGAGAAGGGAAAGCAGGAAAAGGAGGGGGAGGGGGAGCGAGAGGAGGGGGAGGGGGUGGGGGAGGGGGAGGAGCGAAGGGAGAGAGAGGAGGAACGAAGGCUCGGCCGUUGUGGGAGGAGAAUGCGGAGGAUGAGGACAUGGUGAGGGCCGUUGCUGUGCCCACCCCCCGCUCUGCCACCCCCCCUCCCCGCUCUGCCACCCUCACUCCUCGCUCUGCCACCCCGCCUCCCCGCUCUGCCACCCCCCCUCCUGUGGUACCGAUAGCCUCUGGUCGGGGAGCGGCAGGGAGAGCGGAUGCAGGGAUGGGAGGGAGGGUGGAGGAGAGGACAGGUAGGAGGGCGGAGGGGAGAGGAGAGGGGAGGGCGGAUGGGAGGGGUGACGGGAGGAUGGAUGGGAGGAGGGAAGAGGGGGCGGUGGAGGGGAUGGAAGGAGGGAUGGAGGUGGGGAGGAAGGGAAGAGCGGAAUACAUGCGUAUGGCAGACGAGGGAGAGGGUUGGGAGGAAGGGGAGGAGGAGUGGGAAGAGGGCGAGGGCUGGGAGGAGGGAGAGGAGGAAUGGGAAGGGGAAGAGGGCGAGGAGGAGUGGGAGGGGGAAGAGGGAGAGGAGGAGCAAUAUGAGCCGGUCGUGAAGGCUGGGCAGGCGAGCAGAAAGGAGGGCACAGGCGGGAUCAAGCAGUCAUUGGCGCAGGAUGAAUGGCAGAGGCAGCAAGCGGAGCAGGAGGCGUGGGAACAGGAGCAACUGGAGCAGGAAAAGUGGGAGCAGGAGCACCAGAAUGAGCAGCAGAGGCAGGUGCAGAAGCCAAAGCAGCAAGUGACUUGGGACCAGCAUCACUCACAGGAGGAUGGCGAGGAGGAAUAUGAAGGCGAGGAGUAUGAAGGAGAUGAGGAGUAUGCAGAAGAGGAAGAAGAAGAGGAAGUGCCCGUGGUGCCUGUGAGAGCAAUGGCCCGAGCAGCCACUGCACCCACAUCCCGCCUUGAUAAAAUGUCCAAGUCAGCGGGUGCUGAUGCCGCGGGGAAGAAGAAGAGCGGUAAGAAGGCUGCACUGCAUCGUGUGGCGUCUGAAUCUACCACCUCUGACCUGUAUGCAUCUGGUCAGAAGUCCUCUUUUGAUUCGGCUCAGAAGGCGCGGGGAGCAGGGGGGGUUGCUCCUGGUAUGUAUGAGGGGGCUCAGAAGUCGCCUGGUGUGGGGCGGCAGCAGCGGCAGAUGCAUGUUCACUGGGACGAGAGCGUGGGCGCUGGUAGAGGGGAGCGAGGAGAGAGAGGGGAGCGAUGGGAGGGAGAAGCAGAGGAGGAGCAGUGGCUGGGUGCGGGUUCGUUGUCUGAAACAGCUGCUUCGGGAAAGGAAGGCAAGAAGGGGAAGGCUGGGAAGAAAGGGUCCCAGCAGGGAAAUGCUGAAGGGGAGAAAGGCGAGAGGGCAGCAGGGGAGGGAGGAACAGGAAAGAAGAAGCAAACCGGGGAAGCGAAGAAGGCUGGGAAGAAAGUUGCAAAGAAGGGUGCGGCGCAGCAGGGGGCUGGGGGAGCGGAGGAGGAGGAGGAGGGGCUGGGAAGGACUGUGAGUGCAGCUUCAUCCGCCUCCCGCUCGUCCUCUGGCACAUCGUCAUCGCCUGCUAAGGGCGAGAGGCGGAAAGCUGGGGAGAAGGAGAGCGGGAAGAAGAGUGGGAAGAAGGCGGGGCAGACCGCCCAGCCGCAGGUGGCAGUGUGGGAGGGGGACGAGGAGGAGGAGGGGCUGUUUAGGGAUGGAUCUUCUGCGGCUGCUGCUGCUGCUGCUGGGGGGAAGGAGAAGGCAGACCGUGCCUCUUCUCCUGCCUCUGCGUCCCGCUUGUCUCACUCCCUCUCGCCCUCUUCUCGCGCUGCCAACACCAGCACUCGCCCUCAAGCAAGCCGCUAUGCAGGCUUGCAAGAAAGGUAUGAGGAAGAGGAGGAAGAGGAGGAGGAGGACGACGAGGAGGAGGAGGACGAGGAGGAGGAGGAGGAGGAAGAAGAAGAGUAUGAAGAGGAGGUGGAGAGUGAGAGAUACAGAGGGAGGAUGGAGGAAGGGAGUAUAGAUUUCGAUGCCUCUCACCAGGAACUCGCCUUUGGGGCGGGGCAAGGAAGGCAGGAGCAGAGAGGGGUGGUAGGGGGAGGCAGUUUGGACUUUGAUGCUCCGCAACACGAGCUGCCCUCUCCCUCUCAAAUGCCAUCCGGAGGGCUGUUUGCGGCACGGCAGAAACAGUGGCAGCAGCAGCAGCAGCGGCAGCAGCAACAACAACAGCCACAGCAGCAGCAGCAGAAGCAGCAGCAGAAGCAGAAGCAACAGCAGCAGGCAGCACCGUCGGCAUCACGAAACCAGUAUUACGAUGACGAGGAUGAAUACGAAGGUAACGCACAUGAUGAGUAUGGUGGUGCUGCUGGUGGCCGGGACAAUGGCAGGGGCGACGGCAGGGGCGGAUGGGACCAUGAUUACGAAUAUGAAGAGGAGGAGGAAUGGGACGAGGAGGCCGAAGAGGAACUGUAUAACCAAGGAGAAGGCGGAGAAGCAACGGGAGGAGGUGGUGCCAUUACGUCUCUAUCUCCCUCUGCUGCUGCCUUCUACCUGGCUACAACCUCCUCCUUUGGACACGAAGACCCUGUUGACUCCUCCUCCCCAGACACCUCCUCUGGCUUCCCCCCUCCGAGACCAUCCCCCCGGCAAGCCCCCCGCUCACCCUCCUCUGCUUACGCCUCACUUCCCUCUUCCUCUCCAACCGACGCUGCUCCUGCUGCUGCUGCUGGUGCUGCUUCUGGUGGUGGAGCUGGGAAGAAGGAACGGUCAAAGUCCCCUCUGGCUCGGCUAAAGCGCUCCCUCUCCCCUCUCUCUCGCCGGCACGCCUCUCCUGGUAAAUCAGGAUCAGCAGGUAAUAGCACUGCUGCAGCAGCAGCUGCUGCAGUGGCUGCUGCCGGUGGUAGCAGCAUGGGUUCUUUCUCAGAGCUACAGUCCCAACCGAGCCUGUCGUCAGGCUCAAUCAGCAGCUCGCCGAGCCAGUCCAUGGAUCGGCAGUCCCCGAGCCUGAUGAUGCUGGAUCGGGUCUCCCCAACCAACUCAAUGGAGAGAAGGAACCCGCAGGAGCGGGGAGGUUUGGAUCGGGAUCGAGGGUCAAUGGAACGAAAUUCCAUGGAAAGGCGAUUGUUUGACCGCCACUCCUCCCCUUCCCAUGACCGAAUCUGGUCUCCCCGUCACUCCUCUGGGAUGGGUCAACAGCAGCAGCAGGCGGAGGGGUCGGCCUCGCCUGACCUCUCUGCUUCUCCUGACAUUCAUGCAGACGGCAGGUCUAUUGGAAGAGAGGGUGGUUCGAGCUUCCGAUCCUCACUUGCUGCGGUGCUGAUGUCACCUCCGAUCCUGCGCGGCAGCGCCGGGGGCAGCGCCUUCCCAACCUCCAGCUCAGCCUCGGAAGCCUCGUCCCGGCACCCGCACAAGGGCGGGAAAGUUAUCCCGAACCUGCUCCGGCUGAACCUGAAAAAAGACAAGGGAGAGGGACAUAGGGAGGGGAGAGAGGGGCGGGAUAAUCAACCCGGCACCCCACCCUCCCCGUUGCUAGAGCAUGUGCUGAAAGGCUAUCCCAUGAGUAACUAUGAUGGAAUACCAAGGGGUUUGUCUGAGGAUUCAUCUGAUCAAAGGUAUGUGAGAGGCGGUGAGGGGAGUGAGGGCAGCAGCAGUGGGCGGCUGAGUGGGGAGGAUCCGAGAGAGUGGGAGGAGGGCAGGAGGGGAUUUGAUGCGAGGGGGAGUAACAGGGAAAGGGUUGACUCUGGGGAUGCUAUUCGCAAAACGAGCUCGUAUGAGAGGGGUGGGGCAAGGAGCGAGGAAGCAGGGGUGGGUGCCACUGCCAGGGGUGGGAUUCGAUCUCCGAUCCUCAAGCCAGCUUCAACUGAAGAGGAGGCGUUUUUUGAGCGGGCAAGGCAGGAGGAGGAGCGAUUAGCACGUGAGAGGGGUGGCAGUGGUGGUGGUAGUGGAGGGGGAGGUGGGGAAGCAGCGGCGGGUAACGAUUCUUGGUUGCGGGACGAAGACACAGCGGCACCGGCUUUAAGCCCUCUGAAAUAUGCACCGAGUGCUUUCAGUAGGAGGAUCAGAGCGCUGAAAAUGUCGACAAUGACGUCAGCCCACAGAGGCCUUACAGCGCUUCCUACUGCGCAAAACGCUGGUUCUGGUGAACUCUCUUGUUGUCCACGUGUCGUUUCAGCCGCAUUCGGCGGUGCGAAGAAGAUUAAGUCGGCCUCGUCGAGUCUGGUAGGACAGCCGCUUCCAGUGGCUGUUUCCCGCGCUAGCAGCGGCCACAGACGAGGCGGUGCGUUGGCGACAACGUGCUCGUCGCAGAGCGUUUCGGAGAAGUUCGCAGAGCUUCGCGCGAAGAAUGAACGCAUUGGUCGCACGAGCCCCUCAGCCCGCAUUUGCUGUUCACCCGCUCCCCCGCAGGUGGCGCUGAUCCCCUUUAUAGUCGCGGGGGACCCCGAUCUGGCCACCACGGAGCGCGCGCUGAAGCUGCUGUGCGAAACGGGCGCUGACGUCAUCGAGCUGGGCGUGCCCUACUCGGACCCGCUUGCUGACGGGCCCGUCAUCCAGGCAUCUGCCACCCGAGCCCUGGCGAACCACACGGACCUACAGUCAGUCAUAGACCUCCUCAAACGGGUCACCCCCUCCCUGAGCGCGCCCAUAGUUCUCUUCACCUACUACAACCCCAUCAUGAAGCGCGGCGUCAACAAGUUCAUGGGGGAGAUUAAAGCCGCGGGGGCGGCAGGCAUAGUGGUGCCGGACGUGCCUCUGGAAGAGACCAAGGUGCUGCGAGAGGUUGCCACCGCCAACGGACUAGAACUGGUGAGCGUGGGGUCGUGUCUGGUGAGGAUGGGCGUCUGGGAGCUCGAGUAUGGUACUGGUGUAGCAGCUGUCAUGUCCCAUAGUGGUGCCGUACGUGCCACUGGAGGAAACCAAGGCACUGCUAACGCCAUUCCCCUCUCACUCCCUCUCCCCCCUCUUCCUCCCCCCUUCUCUCCCCUCUCCCCCCUCUUCCUCCCCCCUUCUCUCCCCUCUCCCCCCUCUUCCUCCCCCCUUCUCUCCCCUCUCCCCCCUCUUCCUCCCCCCUUCUCUCCCCUCUCCCCACAGGUGCUGCUAACAACGCCCACCACCCCCACCGAGAGAAUGGGAGCCAUUGCUGACGUCACCCAGGGCUUCCUUUACCUUGUAAGCAGCCGCCUUGCUGCCGUGCCUUCUUUCUCCUCCGCCCCUUCUCCCUCCGCCCCUUUUCCUCCGCCCCUUCUCCUCCCCCCCUUCUCCCUCCGCCCCUUCUCCUCUGGCCCUUCUCCUCCGCCCCUUCUCCUCUGCCCCUUCUCCUCCGCCCCUUCUCCUCUGCCCCUUCUCCUCCGCCCCUUCUCCGCCUCUUCUCCUUCGCCCCUUCUCCUCCGCCCCUUCUCCUCCACACCUUCUCUUCUGCCCCUCUUCCUCUGCCCCUUCUCCUCUGCCCCUUCUCCUCCGCCCCUUCUCCGCCUCUUCUCCUUCGCCCCUUCUCCUCCGCCCCUUCUCCUCCACACCUUCUCUUCUGCCCCUCCUCCUCUGCCCCUCUUCCUCUGCCCCUCCUCCUCUGCCCCUUCUCCCCUCCCUGAAUUCUCUUCUCUCCUCAACGUGAGUCUAACGGGAGUGACGGGCGAGCGGCAGGCAGUGCAGGGGCGGGUGGAGCAGCUACUCAAGGACAUCAAAGCAUCCACAGACAAGCCAGUCGCUGUGGGCUUUGGCAUUUCUGCGCCUGAGCAUGCCGAGCAGGUGAUGUCAUGGGGAGCGGACGGAGUGAUCGUGGGGUCAGCGCUGGUGAAGCUGCUGGGGGGAAGCGAGACGGCAGAGGAGGGACUGGCAAAGGUCGGCACUCUCAUGCGCUCGCUGAAAGCAGCAACGGCCCGCAACCUGCAGAGGGCAUAA